UCUGUUCUGUUCAGUGUCCAUACAAAUUUUUGUGCGUCAUAUUUUCUCCUCCUUCUCUCUCCUUUUACUUCCCCGAGCCUUCUCCAUAUUCAGAGAGAGAAGAUUAAUUAAAAUUCGUAAUCUGAUUUUUUCCCAUUGUUUUCUGGGUUUUAUUUUUCCAUCAGGUUAAUUGGAGUUUCAAGAUUUAAAGAGUCGAGAUUCUUGGCAGAUUUCACGCAACAAUUGAUUCUUUCUUCUACAUUCCAGCCUUCUUGGUUACAUAUAUAUACACAAUAACUGUAUUACAUACAGUUACGGUUACGGUUUAUAGAUAUAAAUUCUCAUUGUGGACGCGUGGCUACAGUUUUGAAUUCGUGACUUUCUGGGAUUUUGUCUCAACUCGGAGAUGGGAUAUGUAUGAAUCAACUGUUUGAUCUGAAUUUAAUUGAGUCAAAUUCAAAUAAUCAUCAGCAAUUCCAGCUGGGUGUAAUUAGGUAGGAGAUUUUUGUUAUUGAAAAUGAUGCGAAUGAAGACUAAAAGUAAUGGGACGCCACCAAUGAAUGAGAGUUCCGCUGGUGGCGGUGGCGGCCGAGGUGGUAGCGGUAAUACUGAUGCUUGGGAACUUAGGCCUGGUGGAAUGCUGGUUCAGAAGCGUACUGAUGCUGACGAAAACCAGGCACCACCACCAACUAUUCGGGUUCGGGUCAAAUACGGGUCGAUUUACCACCAAAUUCAUAUCAGCUCUCAAGCUACCUUCGGGGAGUUGAAGAAGAUGUUAACAGGGCCAACGGGAUUGCACCACCAGGAUCAGAAGUUAUUUUACAAAGAUAAAGAGAGGGAUUCCAAUGCAUUUCUUGAUACUGCAGGAGUUAAGGACAAAUCGAAACUUGUCCUAACAGAGGAUCCAAUUAGCCAAGAAAAACGGUAUCUUGAGAUGAGGAAAAAUGCUAAAAUGGAAAAGGCUGCAAAAUCAAUAUCAGAAAUCAGCUUGGAGGUGGAUAGGUUCGGUGGACAGGUUUCAGCUUUUGAAUCUGUAAUUUCUAAAGGUGGAAAAGUGGCUGAAAAAGAUUUAGUAAAUCUGAUCGAGUUAUUGAUGAAUCAACUGCUUAAAUUGGAUGGAAUUAGUGCUGAUGGGGAUGUCAAAUUACAGAAGAAAAUGCAGGUGAAACGAGUGCAGAAGUACGUCGAGAUUCUUGAUACGCUGAAGAUAAAAAGCUCGACGCCCGUUAGCAGUGGAACAUCAACUCAACAGAACCAGCAACAGAAGUACUCAAAUGGGCAUGUUUCGACACCAGUUCAAGAAUCGCGGUACUCAAAUGGAAGUGCUUCAUCUCCCGUUCAACAGCAACAACCCCAGAAUCCUUUCGGGUUGUCAUUAAUGAAUUCACCACCGAAGCAACAAAAGCCGCCCUCGACCUCAGGAGCUUUUGUGAUAACAACAAAGUGGGAAACAUUCGAUUCUGCACCUGCACCGUUGAUGGCGGGUGCCCCUUCAUCAUCCACAGUGGCUUCAAGGACAAUAAAUCCAGAACAAUCUAGUUUUAGCUGGGAUUUGCUUUGAGUAGAUAGUAGGACAAAGUAUAGAUGUGCAUUGUGGACUUGUUGCUUUGGUAUCUAUUCUCCAUUCUUUUCUGUAUUUAGAGUUUUGUUAUAUGUGUAACUCACUUGGUGCUACUAUGUGAUAGUGAUAUAUAUUCUGUUCACUUAAUUUAUACUAAAUCCAUGCUUGUUUUUGAUA